AUGCCCAAAGGCUGCAGCGAUGACGAAUUUCCUUGGAAUAACAACCAUUCUGAUUGGCUCAACUCAAAAUAUCCGUAUGGUAUGACUAUUAUUGUCGAUUUAGUCUGUCAUGCGGAAAUGAACGCCAUUUUAAAUAAGAACUCAAUUGAAGAGGAUGGACUAACAAUUUACACCACUCUUUUUCCUUGCAACGAAUGUGCUAAACUUAUUAUUCAGAGUUCCAUCACGGAGGUCGUGUAUCUCAAAAUGAGAAAUGAUAUUUUCACAACUGCAGCACUCAGAUUGUUUAAAUCGGCCAAAGUGACACAUCGGUUUGUUAUUUUAUUUGAAUCAUUCUUUUAG